AUGAAGUGCGACGGAUUCGAACCGCUCGCUUUCAUCACGUCACUUUGCAAUGCCCCCUACAAUUCCUCUCUAGCCACCAAGGCUUCGGCCUCCUCCACAUCGGUCUGGUCCGAUACCUCCUCCCAGCACUCGGACGAUACCACCCUGAGUGUUCCCACAUCCGACUCCGACUCCUGCGACUCUUGCUUUUCCGGUCCCACAAGCUCUUCACAGUCCUCGGUAAGCUCCAUUGGAAGCGGCAUCUGCGGUUCUUCUGUCAAGGGCUCGUUCGAGCCUGCCGGAAGGCUGCCAUGGCAGCAGAAACCGGUUUUUCAGCACUCCCAGGGCGAGCCCCAGACCGAGCUGCCGCCAAAUCCUCGACGAACUUACAACUCCGCUACAUCCCGCGGACGGCCUCCGCCUCUCGUGCGACAAGCGGACCGGAAGGUGGAUUUUGUCGACAACCUCGUUGACUCUUCCACACACAUUGUUGAGGCUAUCUGGCCGACUUCGUCAGUUGUCUCGCGCAAUGAGGAUGGAAACAACGCCGUGUUGCCGCUGCGCACUUUCAUUCAAGAAACGUUGCGCCGGUCGCGGACCAGCUAUUCCACCUUACAAGUGGCUCUCUAUUACCUGAUACUAAUCAAGCCGCACGUGCCGGACCAUGACUUCACAAUGGAGCAACCCAGCUACUGCCAAACCAGCCAGGCCGUGCAAUGCGGGCGUCGCAUGUUCCUUGCGGCUUUGAUCCUAGCCUCAAAGUACUUGCAGGACCGCAACUUUUCGGCCCGCGCCUGGAGCAAGAUAUCGGGUCUCGAGACCUCUGAAAUCAACCGGAACGAAAUGGCCUUCCUCCUCGCCGUUAACUGGAAGCUCCACAUCACUGAACAGGUCUACAACCGGUGGACCGAGUGUGUGAUGAAGUUCACGCCCUCUCAGCCCCCUUCUCCCGGCAGCGGAUCUCCAGGGGAGUAUGAGCGGCAGUGUGAGGAGUUUCGAAAUGUUAUUCUCAACCUGACACCUGAAUUGGACAACGUUGAGGAGCUGGCUUCGUGGUGGCCAGGUCAAGGCCUGGAUAACGAAACCCCUGCGAGGUCCCUCUAUACUCCACCCAACGAGCGUGUCUGCGCCUUCGGGUACGAAGCCGACGUAGCCCCGACACGCAAAUGCUACGGUGCUCCGGCCGUCAUGGAGCCAACUCCAGCCACUGUAUAUACGCCUGGUCGAUUGGCUCCUGCGCUGGGUCUCCUGCCUACACCGCGUCUGACGCCUCAGUCUAGCGGAUUCAGCACUCCUGCUGUGGGUGCUGCGUCCUAUCUCCUUGGGAAAAGCUCUUCGAUGGGCUUCGCCAUGGCCCAGGCCUCGUGCACCAUGGCCAUCCAGUCUCUUGAUCGGUGGUCUCCAUCAUCCGUCUUGUCCCCUCAGAGCCACUUCACCCGUCGAUCGUCUCUUGCAAACUCAAUCUCGACUGCGUCUUCGCCCGAAUCAAUGGUUUCGGACUCGUCCCGGAUUUCACGCUCUUCCUCGAUCUCAUCUGCUUCUUCAUCGGUUAGCGCGCCGUCAUCCAAAUUGGAUGUACAGGCGCGAUGCCGAUAUGCGAAGCUAUGCGGAGAGAGGCUUAGCUUGAGACCAACCAUUGCUUCGGUUCCCGAAGUCUAUGAAGAGGAAUGCUUGACCGCAUCGCCCGAGUCCUACACCGGCCCGGUGGGAAAGGACUUGUGCGACAUGUCGCUUGGGACUCCACGCGAGAUUGACGACGCGGCGAGGGCUUUACAGGAGUUGCAGCGCAACGGUGCUAUGCAAGCCACGGCCCAAACAAAGAGAGGCUCUAAGCGGAGCCGGGCGGUUUCCAUCGAUAAUUCGCUCCAAGACAAUGUUCGGGAGAUGCUUGUUGGUGGAUUCCUCAGCAAUUCGGGUUGGCCAGACGCUAUGGUUCGCGCGCGCACCGACUUUGUUGAGCAAUCUCAGCAGAUACCCGUUCGUGCUGCCCUGGGAGGAAGCCACAAGCGAGUUUGCUGCUCGACGGAAGCAGCUGCAUCCUUCUUGAUCCCAUCAAUCCACCCUGCUGUCGGUGGUUAUGGUGCUCCAGGGAUGUGGAAAGGCAUCCUCGAGUAA